UUCUUGUAUAUGCUAACUCUAGUUUCCUUCACUGCUUGGCCGUAUGGUGCAGCACUAGCUCGGGAAUAACCAGGAUCAUAAGCGAGAGCAUUCUCAUUUCCUCUCUGAUUUAUAUGUUGCGGUCUGUGGUUUGCGGUAUUUUGGAUGUACGUUAAAAUGGAAAACGUCAAAAAACUUUGAUUAGAUUUUAAUGAAGUACUUUUGAAUGACAAUGCUAGAAAGUAUGAUGGUCGAAUCAAUAUGAGAAAAAACGUUGUUAACUGUCUUUCCUUUUAAAUAAAUAUUAAUAAGCUAUGUAAAUUUUGUCAUUGACAACUGAUAUGAUAUGAUCAUGGCGGAAUCUACGAAGACAGAGGAUGAUAAAAUUAAGUGUAACAUUUUAAUCAUCGGAGCUGGAAUGGCUGGAUUGUCAGCUGCAAAUCAUUUACUGAAGAAUCAAGAGACCGAUUUUUUGAUUGUCGAAGCACGAGGUCGCAUAGGUGGGCGUAUAAUCGCUACCAAAAUCGGCAAUGAAAAAGUAGAAUUAGGAGCAAAUUGGAUCCAUGGUGUCCUAGGGAAUCCAAUGUUUGAAUUAGCUAUGGCAAAUGGAUUAAUAGAUAUAGUACGUGUACCAAGGCCUCACAAAGUUGUAGCUGCUAUGGAAGAUGGGAAACAAUUGCCUUUUCCAGUUUUGCAAGAAAUUUACGAAGCUUAUGUAUGUUUUUUAAGAAGAUGCGAGGAAUAUUUCUUAAGUACUUAUAGCCCCCCAGAUGGAAUAAACAAUGUUGGAGCACAUGUGUCAUUAGAGGCUGAGAUUUAUUUAUCAACCUUGCCAUCUGAAGAAAGAAAAGUCAGACAGUUAUUGUUUGAUUGUUUACUCAAAAGAGAAACUUGUAUUACUGGCUGUGAUAGCAUGGAAGAUGUUGAUUUGUUGGAAAUGGGAUCUUAUGCUGAACUUCAAGGUGGAAAUAUUAGUCUUCCAAAUGGAUACAGUGCUAUAUUAGAACCAGUUUCAAAACACAUACCAAAGAACACCAUUCUAACUAAACAUGUUGUCACUAAGAUUAGGUGGCAAAGAAACAAAUGCAUGAACAAUGACAAUUCUAAUAGCUGUUCUAAUACAAAUUCACCUGUCGAAAUACAAUGUGAAAAUGGAAAAACAAUAUUAGCUGAUCAUGUGAUUUGUACAUUGCCACUAGGAGUACUUAAGGAAAAAGCCAAUGAUAUAUUUGAACCACCUUUACCAAAUGACAAACUUGAAGCCAUAGAUAGACUUUUAUUUGGUUGUGUAGAUAAAAUAUUUUUAGAAUAUGAAAGACCAUUUUUAAAUCCUGGUGUGUCAGAAAUAAUGCUCCUAUGGGAUGAUAGAGGACUGUCAGAAGAAGAGAAGCAGGACAUCAGCAAAACAUGGUUCAGAAAGAUCUAUUCCUUUACGAAAAUUUCGGAAACUUUAUUACUGGGUUGGAUAUCAGGAAAAGCUGCUGAAUACAUGGAGAAAUUAAAUGGAGCGGAAGUAGCAGAAGUAUGCACAUCAAUAUUAAGGAGAUUUCUUAACGAUCCGUUUGUACCAGCACCAAAAAAUUGUUUGUGCACCUCGUGGCAUUCACAGCCAUAUACGCGUGGUUCCUACACCGCUAUGGCUGUUGGUGCAAGUCAAUUAGACAUUAAUUGUUUAGCUGAGCCUAUACUACAAGAAGAUGAUCCUUCGAAAAUAGUAAUAGCAUUUGCAGGUGAACAUACGCAUUCUUCGUUUUAUAGUACGGUACACGGGGCGUAUUUAACCGGUCGGACAGCUGCCCAAACACUUUUGGAGUCGAGAAAGAACGAAAAGAAUUCAUUGAGUCUCAGUUGCGAAGACACAAGUGAUCUAAGUUCAUGGAUACAAGGAAUUUCUCUAAAUUAAAUAUUAAAAGUUGUUUUAAGAAAAGGUGCAUCGGAAGUUAUUCUCUAUAUCGAAAUUUUCACACAAUUGAGCACAAUUUAUUAUCCUGGUACGAAGAAUAUUUUACACACACUGUCGAAAUCGAUGACAAUUGUGAUUUAUAGAUGUUUAGUAUUAACGCGAAAUCUUGUGAACUAUUUUAAUUUUGUAAAUAAUAUAGCGAAUUGUUUAUAUUAUGUACAUAACAACGCCUGUUUAAAAUUUUAAGACUUUAUAAAUAUGUAUUUUGCGAUUUGAUCUACUAUCAUACUUUUCUUCUUAAAUAAUCGAAAAAGGGAUGACAGUAUGAAAAUCGUAUCACGAGAACAUGCUUCAUUUUAUAGGGUCA